AUGGAGGAUGCUAUACAGCGCCACUGGCCUAGUGGUCAAUCCGCCGUCGAGAAUGAUAAAGACAACGAGCUACCGAAACCCAUUCAACUUGCCGGCACUCGUUUCAAACUCAACAAUCGUCAAUUCUCGCCAGACGAUUCAACCGAUGGCUACAACUUUUCUCAUGAUGAUCUGGAAAAGGUGGUCGUCCUCAACGACCCUGGCAAUUCCAUUAUCGUUACCCUACUUACACGGUGUCAUCGACGGUAUACGAAUGACAAACCACUCACGAACGACUCCUACUACGUCGGUAUCAAUGCUACCGACUUCACACCCGCAUUCACUCGCAGCGUCGCUAUGAGCUCGCUGAAGAACAAUGUCUAUGAAAAUAUUGCACGCAGCGGCUGUGGUAUGACAGUACCGUGCCUCAUUAUCCCGCCCGUCGAUAUGCUUCGCCCCAACCAGGUGCUCUUUCUAAAGUACCUGUCGAGAGAGGAAGACUAUGGGAGCAAGUUCCGAGACGUACCAGAGAAUGAAAUAGCGGAAUACAAGAAACAGCAGCAGGAUGCCUUCGCCGCGGAGAUUAUGCCCGAUUACGCAGCCAUAUCUGACACCAGAGAGGACAAGUGGAGGCACUUUAGAAUGAUGAUGCCCAAGAUGCAGGGAAUCAGAAUCCCAGUAGGUCUCAUGAACGAGAUCGACGCGUUCCUUGGCAAGUACGAGCUGGAUAUUGUGUCUCCAAGCUUUGCCUUGAUCUUAGCCAUCAUUUAUCAUGACUGCUACCACGCUCUUGAUCUAGGAGCCGAGAAGGGGGUAAAAAAGCCCAUGAAGCCUGUUCCUUUGGUUUCACUUGCCCAGAUGAUAUUGUAUGGGCCGCACUAUUUUCGGAUCCACGAAGAACUCAAGCUCUCGGCCUACGUCCACAUCUUUCGUGCUGUGGACUACUUUUACGGCAAUGACAAAAGUCUCGGCGCCUUCAUGAUCAACGAUGGGGACAUCGAUACUGAUCUUGUUUUCAAGUACAUUGAUGAGAUAGGACUCGAAGAGGAGGACUGGCUAGAGAUCGUGCCCCCAUCUUGGGAAGGAUCACAGCUCACGAUGCCCCUGAACCACGGAUCUCGAGCACCGCCCUCCCCAGAGCUCUCCGCCAUGCUGAUGAUGCCCGACAUCUACACUCUGGGUUUCGCUGGUUAUACCAAUGGAAAGGGGUCUAACCUUCGCGGGAUAAUCAGGGAUACGCUGAUGCAUGGACUAUUCGUUCCAAAGCACAUUCAGUCCGACCCCGACCUUUGGCGUCCUAUCGCUGAUGGAGAGAUUAGCCUCAAGGCUUUGGAGCCCUACCAGGAUCAACUCGAUCACCAGAUCUGGUCAGCGCCAAAGAUGUCUGUUCGAUCUUCCUGGCCUGAGGUGGUGACUAUCGACCCACAUUUCAGUCCGGACAUUGAGGAUACGCAGGUGUCGCCUGAGGUCCAAGCCGAGGACAGACAUAUCGGUAAUCCGUCCGGUUCACCCACCUCACAUGACGAGAAUAUCCAAGAUACCAAGGAAUACUAUAAAGUCUUCAUCAAAACGAUCCGGCAGGGACAGAACGCAGGGCUCAUCGACAAAUCGGUCACAAUAGGCCCAGAUGGCUAUCUCACCUGGCCUGGAUUGGGAAAUCAGUACGGCACAAGACAUAAAUUACCCGGUGGGGUCAACAUUCAAAAGCUGAUUGCUGAAUGCGACGCCGCCGAUGCCGAUCGGAUCUCGGAGAUCGACCGUCGUAUUCUUCAGAGAUUGUUUGAAACAGAUCUAGCUGACGGGAAGCAUGUGGCCAAAUGUGCUCGAGAACUCAAAGCUCUCAUCAGAAUCGACGAUGUGGAUUUGGGCAACACCAAGGUGCGAGAGGCCUUCGAAGACUGUCUAGGUCCGACACACGUCGAGAAGUCGAGGAUCUGGAACGAAGUGGCGUCCGCCUAG